UGAGCAAAUCUAAUACUGCCUAGCAACUGUUUCCAGGCAAAGGGGGCUUGGGAGCCAGCUGUGGUUGCCUUUCAGGAGCCACCAGCCUGUUUCUAUACACUUCACUAUCUGUUUGGGAUUAUUUGGAUUCCAGUUUUAAGCCACUCUAGGCAAUGAAGUAGUUGGGACAAAAAUGGAGUGAAAAUCUUGGGAAGGAAAUAAGCCCUAAAUGCGGAACAUUUACAUGGAAGAGAAACUUGUCAUUAAAACUCCAUGAAAAGAAGGUUUGGAAAAGACCAAAGAAUUGCGAAUAGAGCUACAAAGGCAACAUCUGAGAGAAACAAGUUUUACUACAAUCUCUACUACUACAUUUACGACUACUGAGAUAAACACUACAGGUGAAGAUUGGUAAAAAGAAGCACUGAUUACUGCGGUGGCCUGGAGAGGAAAAGCGCUGGUCGGUAUCACAUGGACAAGCUCAGUGUUUUCCAAAGAUGCUGUUGAAGUAGUCUUUGCUACUGCUUUCCUUCAAAGCUCUUCAUAACAUGGGCUGCAUGAAAUCAAAGCAAACUUUCCCAUUUCCUACCACAUGUGAGAGUGAGAAGCAGCAUGCAAGUGAAGAAAGCUUUAUGUCUGGAGACAGAUUUCUACCUAGGAUGCCUUCUCCAGUUAAUGUCGAACAGGAAGUGAAGAAACCAUCAGGGCCCGAAACUGUGGUCUUCGAAUUUGCACAUCGCCUGUCCCAGGAAAUCCUGAGUGAUGCCUUGCAGCAGUGGGCAGGCAAUAACAUCAAGUACUAUGACAUCCCAUAUAUUGAGAGUGAGGGGCCUUGACGCUGUAGGAUCAUGAUAACUUCUUGAAUUGUGGAUAAAGUUGGUGCUAGCUUAAAUACAUGAAACAAUAGCAAAAACUGAUGUGAAUAAAUACAAAUAACUACGUCUGGA